UAAUUAUGUCAUGUAUUGCAUGGGAUGCCUUUUUCUAUUUAUAGUUAACCGAGUCCAAUUUAAACAACUAGACUAUAAUAAGUUUUUCCAAUCUUAGUAUCUUUUUGCCGGCCAGUAAAUAUUUCUAGACCAGAACAAUCCAAUCUUCUUGGAGUAGGAACUCAGCUCAACCGUUCAGAUUAAAGAUGGAAACAAGGACAGCCUCAAGUGCAGCUGUAAGUGAAGUUCUUAAUGUAAACAAUUAUUUGGUUUGGAGCAUCCAAGUGAGAACCUAUUUGAUUGCUCAAGAUCUAUGGGACAUUGUUAAUACAACUGACGAAUGUCCUAAACAAGAAGAUGAUGAAGCUGCUUUCAAGGCUUGGAGCAAGAAGAAUGCCAUGGCUUUACAUGUGAUCCAAAUUUCAUGCCCGCAACGGAUAUGUCAUGUGAUUAGUCUGAUCACUUCUGCCAAAAUUGCUUGGGAAACUUUGGACGCAAUAUGCCGGAUCCCCAAAAGACAUUAUGUUGCGAAGGAGGAAGAAAGUUGUGUGGCUUGGAGCAAUCGGAUGAAAACAUUUUUAAUGGAACAUGAUCUUUGGAACAUUGUUGUUGAAACAACCAACAAACCAACUACACCUGCUUGGAGCAAGAAGAAUACUUUGGCCUUAUAUUUUAUUAGGGAAUCCUGUGGGUUGGACAGAUUUUCUUUGAUAGAGAAAAUUAGUAAGGCUGACAACGCUUGGUACGAAAUUGCAGACACAGGGAUGGAGAACGAUGAGAACGGUCAUUUCAGUCAGUAUGUAUCCCUCGAAAAACAUAUCCGCGAAGGUGAAUGGGAUGCUGCUAAUCAGUUCAUUAUCUCCAAUCCGAGGGUAGUGAUUGCAAAAAUUUCAAUUACUGGAAGCACGGCUCUACACAUUGCUAUCUUUGAAGGACAUAUGAAUAUUGUGGAGGAGUUGGUAAAGAUAAUGUCGGAAGAAAACUUAAAAUUUAAAAAUAGAGGUGGUUAUACUGUUCUAGGUUAUUGUGCUAUUGCUGGAAACAUCCAGAUGGCAAAAUGUAUAAUUGGGAAGAGCCGGACCUUACUUAGCAUUGGAAAUGGAAGCGAUGACCUCAUUCCAGUCGUGCUAGCUCUUACGUAUAACCCCCAUGGAACAGAAAUGGCGCGCUAUCUCUAUUCUCAAACUCCUCUAGAAGAUCUAAUGCCAAGAAAUGGCAUCAACGGUGCUACGUUUAUUACCCGGGCUAUUUAUUCCAAAGCUAUUGAUAUGGCUUUGGAUUUACUCGAACGUUACCCUGAGUUGGCUAUCGCUCCGGAUUGCAGUGGGCGGUCUCCUGUGGAAGUAUUGGCUGGCAUGUCUUUUGCAUAUCGGAGUGGAAAUCGUCUCGUAUAUUGGAAACAGUGGAUCUACAACAGAAUAUGCAGUCCACUAGCUGAUGACACCAACCAAAUCCCUAUAAGCUUCCAAAAUUCAGAGAUGGAAAUAUACGGUCAAGCAAGAAAUAUCGAAUCAGCUCGAGGAUCAGUUUGGAAUCUCCCUAAAUUCCUGGAAAUUGAUCAAAUAUAUGAAUUGAAGCUUCUUCACCACCAAUCCAAAAAACUUUUACUUCGCAUGUGCGAAGUAUUACCGGGUUUGAAUCUUCAACAACUAGAAAAUGGUAAGGUUAUUGAAGCCAUGAUCAAAGCUGUCAAGCAAGGGAGAGUUGAGUUUGUUACCGAAAUGCUGAAAGCAUGUCCUGACCUUGUAUGGUGUCGUGAAAACUCCACGGAUCGAGACUUAUUUAAGUUGGCCGUUCUUCAUCGUCAGGAUGAAGUAUUUCGCCUCCUAUGCAGAUCUCCUGCAAAGAACCCAAAAUUUGCUUUAGAAGAUCGCGAUAAAAAUACCAUAUUACACUUCGCUCCGCUAGACGUAAUACGGUUCCAGGAGCAGCUUUUCUUAUGCAAAGAGAAGUACAAUGGUAUAAGUUCUCUUAUGAUUAAUUAUCUGACACUCUUUGGAAACUCUAUUCUAAACUACAAUGAGGUGGAGAGCAUUGUCCCUCCUUCCAAAUUAGAAUGUAUAAACACAAAUGGUAAAAGACCUCGAGAAUUGUUUACAGAAAGCCAUAAAGUGUUGGUGAAAGAAGGAGAAGAAUGGAUGAAGGGGACAUCAUCUUCUUGUACAGUGGUAGCUACUUUGAUUGUUACCAUUAUGUUUGCAGCAGCAAUUACAGUUCCAGGUGGCAACAAACAAGAAACAGGCUUGCCAACCUUCUUAAAUGAGAAGGUUUUUAUGGUCUUUAUAAUAUCUGAUGCUUUGUCUCUACUUUCUGCCUCAACUUCACUGUUGAUGUUUCUUGGCAUCCUCACAUCACGUUAUGCAGAGGAAGAUUUCCUUAAUUCCUUACCCAAAAAGAUGAUAGUUGGCCUUUCCACCCUUAUCCUCUCCAUAGCAACCAUGAUGAUAACCUUUUGUGCUUCUCUUUCCAUUAUUCUACCAGGAAAAUCACGGGUGGUCAUUCCUGUCAUUUGUCUUGCUAGUGUUCCAGUUACCCUAUUCACAUGCAUGCAAUUUCACCUUCUUAUUGACAUGGUCAUUUCAACAUAUGGAUCAAGGAUCAUAAACAAGAAAGCGAAGUAUGGGUCAUAA